AUGAAUGAUCAUACAACUGAUGAAAAAUAUACAGUAAAUCAAGAAGAAGAGAAUUUAAAACAUCUUCCAUUUAAUAUUCAAUGGCUUGAUUCAAGUUAUCAACAAACAUGUUUACCCGAUAGUCCAUGGCAAAAAAUUCUCGAUGAUCUUGAACCAGCAUUAGCUAAUAAAGUACGUCAACAAUUUAAUAAUCUUGAACGUCGUCAAAUACUUAUCGAAUUACUUGGAAAAUUAUUUCAAUGGAAAUUAUUUCGAUCCGAACCUGAUACACCACAUAUAUUACUUCCACCUGUUAUGCCUGAAGAACAUCGCCGCAAACUUGAAAAUGAGGCUAAAUCAUGGUUACAAAUUCAAACACAUAAAUCAGCACUUGAAAUAGGCGCAGCUGUAACUGAAGAUGAAGAUAUAAAUCAUUUAUCAAAUGAUAUGAAAAAUUUUCUUGAAUAUACAUAUCAAAUAGUACGUAAAUCACUUGAACGUUAUUUAUAUCAAGUACAACAAAAAGAAAAUCUUAAACAAGAAGAACAAAAACAACAAGAAAUAAAUAAAAAAAAACAUCAAGAUGAAUUAACUGGAGGUACUAAACUUCGAUCAAUUUUACGUGAUACAAAGACUAAUUCAAAAAAAUUACCAAUUAUCGAUGAAUUGCAAUAUACACCUUUUCCUAUGACAUCACAAUAUAGUGAUAUUGUAUCAAGUUCAGUUGUUGCAAUACUUAAACGUGAUCCUCGUCGUAUUGUAUUUAUAACAGAAAAAUUAUUUGGUCAACAAUUACCUAUUUCACUUCGUCAAUUUAUUUGGACAGAAUGUUUACUUCGUUUUGAAAAAAAACCAUUUGAUUAUGAUCUUAGUUUUGUUGAACUUCAAACAAGACGAGAAUUUGCUGCUGGUGUAACACGUGGUAAAACUGAACUUAAAUUAACUAAUCCAUCAAAUACUCCAGUAACAAAUUUAAUUGAAAAUGCAGUUAUAGAAACAUAUAGUAAAGUUCAUGCUCUUCAUCCAUAUCUUGAAGAACAUCAUCUUCGAUUUACAAUAAAAAUUUUAAAUGUUCUUUAUACAUAUAAAAAAGAUUAUGAACCAUAUUUUAUUUAUUGGUUAUUACCAUUUCAAUUAUCAUAUCGUGAUGAAAAAAAUAAAGCUGAAGAAAUUUAUGUUAUUGCAAUGCAUCUUGAUUUAUUUGUUCGUCAUUGUUUUCCAAAAUGGGCAAAUGUAUUUACAAUUGCAAGUAAAAUAAUGACAGAUUUAUCAACAAAUGAUCCAGAAUUUUAUGAUCAUUUAAAAACAAUAUCAAAAAUACGUACAAAAGUUAAUCCAAAAGAUUUUGUUACAGAAAUUAUUUCAUUAGAAAGUAAACAAAGUGGUAGUGCAACACAAUAUACAAGAGAAUUAAUGUCUGAUCCAGUGAUUUUUCUUAGAAAAUGGAUUGGUGAAAUGUUUGUUGGUAUUCUCAAUACAAAUUCAGCUUUAUAUAUAUGGGAUCAAUUUUUUAUGAUUAAAUGGAAUACACAAUAUAUAGAACAUGCAACAAAAGCAAUACUUUAUUUACUUCGUGAUCGUUUUAUGUAUGCAACAGAUUAUGAUCAAAUGCGAAAAGUUUUUCUUGAUGAACCUUGUCUUUUACAUACAACAGAUGUUCAAGCAGCAUUUGUUCAUCUUGCUUUAAAAAAUGAAGAUCCUAAAUUUAUACCAGCAAUGAAUCAACGUUUCUAUCCAUAUAAACCAGUUAUUUCAAAACAAGAUGAUAAUCGACAAAUACCAAAUAAAAGAAAAGCAUAUAUAGAAACAAUUGGUAUUAAAGAUAUAUCAUUAACAUUAGCUAUACCUGCUAAUAUUACUAUUAAUGGAGGAUCUCGACAAGAAUUUGAUAUAAAAUCCAUUAUAAUUGAAAUUCAAGUAUAUAGUGCUGGAGAAAAAAUAGGUGAUGUAUCAACUGGAUCAUUACCUGUACUUCGAGGAAAAGAACCAGCAAUCAAUAAUUGGCAAAGAAUUAUUAUUGAUAUACCAAAUGAUAAAUUAGUUUUAUCAAUUAAAGAAGCCCGUACAUCACAUAUGCCUACACGUAUACAAGCACUUGUUAUUGUACGACAACGACUGAAUAGUAUAAUUUUGAAUUUGAUUACUCUUGGACAUUGUCGUUUUCCACUUUAUGUACCUCAAAAGAUUGGUAAUUUAGAUACAUGGGAUGUUACAUUUGGACCUGUAACACGUGCUUUACAUGCUGGCAUGCCUCCGAUUUCUCUUGAUAUGAUUCCUGAUAUACCCAAAACAUUUGUUUCGGAUAAAAUCGGUCCUGGUUCAUCAGUAUCUUUAGUUGUCUUUGAUCCGAAAGCUGAACAAUAUUUUAGCCAGGAUAAUUCAUCGGCAGAAAUGCCAGCUAAAUUUUUUCAGACACUUUCAUGAAUUAAUAUAAAUACACGUAAACGUCUUAAUGCACGAUAA